AUGCCUGAUCCAGCAAAGUCUGCUCCGGCGCCUAAGAAAGCGGUGACCAAGACCCAGAAGAAGGAUGGGAAGAAGCGUAGGAAGAGCAGGAAGGAGAGUUACGCCAUUUACGUCUACAAGGUGCUGAAGCAGGUGCACCCUGACACCGGCAUCUCCUCCAAGGCUAUGGGCAUCAUGAACUCCUUUGUCAAUGACAUCUUUGAGCGCAUUGCUGGGGAAGCUUCUCGCCUGGCUCAUUACAACAAGCGCUCGACCAUCACCUCCCGGGAGAUCCAGACCGCCGUACGCCUGCUGCUGCCGGGAGAGCUGGCCAAGCACGCCGUGUCCGAGGGCACCAAGGCUGUUACCAAGUACACCAGCGCCAAGUAA